GUGGCUUCCCGCCUUUGGCCGGGCCUUUGUCUCCGCUUUCGCCGGAGCUUGGGAUCCCUCUCCGCCGUUCUACGUCCUCCACCUCUGGAGCCUCCAGUGACUUUGUCACAGCCUCUGUUGCCCUGUGAUCUGCAGGUCCCGGGAGAGGCACAGCUAAGAUGCUAGGACAUCCUGGAAGCUGGGAAACGGAUAUUGUGACAUUGCUGAGCCCAGCAUCUAGGUGAUGUAACUCUUCCCUACUGUUUGGUCUCUACCCAAAAAAAGAUUGUGACGUAUCACUCUGUCAAGAACCUACAUGAGGUGACUGUCCUCUCCAGCCUAGGACCUGCCUACGUUGUGUAUUGAGACAUGUCACUGGGUCUAACAUCUAGGUCCUGGGAGACGCUCUGCUAAGAUGCCAGGAGACUCUGAAAGAUGGGAAACAGGGCCGUUGACAUUUAGAGAUGUGGCCAUCGAAUUCUCUCUGGAGGAGUGGCAGUGCCUGAACCCUGCUCAGCAAGAUUUGUAUAGAAAAGUGAUGUUAGAGAACUACAGAAACCUGGUCUUCUUGGCAGGUCUUGCUGUCUCUACACCAGAUUGGAUCACCUGUCUGGAGCAAGGAAAAGAUCCCUGGAAUAUGAAGAGACACAGUAUGGUAGCCACACCCCCAGGCCCACCUUGUCUCUUCCGCUUUAAAUUCUCUAAGGAUUUUACUUUCCCUUCAUUGAUCUUCCUUCAAGUUUACAUUCUAUGUUCUCAUUUUGGCCAAGACCUUGGGCAAAGGCCAGGCAUAAAAGAUUCUUUUCAAAAAGUGAUACUGAGAGAAUAUGUAAAAUGUGGACAUAAGGAUUUACAGAUAAGAAAAGGCUGUAAAAGUGUGAAUGAGUAUAAUGUGCACAAAGAAGGUUAUAAUGAACUAAACCAGUGUUUGACAAGUAACGAGAGCAAAAUAUUUCAAUGUGAUACAUAUGGGAAAGUCAUUCAUAAAUUGUUCAAUUCAGGUAGACGUAAGACAAGACGUACUGGAAAGAAACCUUUCAAAUGUAAAAAAUGUGGCAAAUCAUUUUGCAUGCUUUUACAUCUAAGUCAACAUAAAAGAAUUCAUAUUAGAGAGAGUGCUUACGAAUGUGAAGAAUGUGGCAAAGUCUUUUAUUGGUUCUCAACCCUUACUAGGCACAGGAGAGUUCAUACUGGAGAAAAGUCCUACAAAUAUGAAGAACGUGGAAAAGCUUUUAACCAGUCCUCAACUCUUGGUAGGCAUAAGAUAAUUUAUGCUGGAAAGAAACACUACAAACGUGAAGAAUGUGGCAAACAUUUUAAAUGGUCCUCACACCUUACUAAACAUAAGAAAAUUCAUAGUGGAGAGAAACCCUACAAUUGUCAAGAAUGUGGCAAAGCCUUUAAUGUAUUCUCAACCCUUAAAAGACAUCAGAGAAUUCAUGCGGGAGGAAAACCCUACAAAUGUAAAGAAUGUGGCAGAGCCUUCAGUAUAUUUUCAACCCUUACUACACACAAGAAAAUUCAUAUUGGACAGAGACCCUACAAAUGUGAGGAAUGUGGCAAAGAUUUUAACUGGUACUCACACCUUACUACACAUAAGAGAAUUCAUACUGGAGAGAAACCCUACAAAUGUGAGGAAUGUGGCAAAGCCUUUAGCGUUUGCUCAACCCUUACGACACAUAAGAGAAUUCAUACUGGCCAGAGACCCUACAAAUGUGAGGAAUGUGGCAAAGCUUUUAAUUGUUACUCACACCUUAGUAGACAUAAGAAAAUUCAUACCAGAGAGAAACCCUACAAAUGUGAAGAAUGUGGUAAAGCUUUUACCCUGUCCUCAUACCUUAGUAGACAUAGGAGAAUUCAUACUGGAGAGAAACCCUACAAAUGUGAAGAAUGUGGCAAAGCCUUUACUGUACUUUCAACGCUUACUAAACAUAAGAUAAUUCAUACUGGAGAGAAAACCUACAAAUGUGAAGAAUGUGGCAAAGCUUUUAACCAGUCCUCACACUUUACUAAACAUAAGAAAAUUCAUCCUGGAGAGAAACCCUACAACUGUGAAGAAUGUGGCAAAGCUUUUAAUUGGUACUCACACCUUACGAGACAUAACAGAAUUCAUACUGGAGAAAAACCCUACAAAUGUGAAGAAUGUGACAAAGCCUUUAGUUUAUUCUCGAACCUUACUACACAUAGGAGAAUUCAUACUGGAGAGAGACCCUACAAAUGUGAAGAAUGUGGCAAAGGCUUUAAGCAGUCCUCAACCCUUAAGGAACAUAAGAAAAUUCAUACCAGAGAGAAAUCCUAUAAAUAGGAAAAAUGUGAUAAAGCUUUUAACCACUUCUCAACCCUGACUACACAUAAGAAAGUUCAUGCUAGAGGGAAACCCUACAAAUAUGAAGAAUGUCUCAAAGCUUUUUAUUGAUUCUCAUAUCUUACUUAGCAUAAAAUAAUUCAUACAGGAGAGAAAUCAUACAAAUAUGAAGAAUGCAGCAAAGCUUUUAACAAAUCCUUAUCCAUUACUAAACAUAGUUCAUACUGGAGAGAAAAUCUACAAAUGUGAGGAAGGUGGCAAAGCCUUUAAGCAGUUCUCCCAACCUACUACACGUAAGAUAAGUUAUGCUGGAGAGAAACCCUAGAAAUGUGAAGAAUGUGGCAAAGCUUUUAACCAAUCCUCAACCCCUACUACACAUAGUAUAAUUCAUGCUGGAGAGAAACCCUACAAAUGAGACCAGUGUGCCAAAACUUUCAACCAAUACACCUUAUUGCAAGGCAAAGCAUUUAUAUUUGAGAAAAAUUGUACAAAUGUAAAGACUGUGAGAAACACAUUAAUAUUGGCUCACAUCUUAUGCAUCAACAGAGAGUUCAGACUUAGUAAAAACAUGGUAAGUGCAAUUACUGUCAAAAGGUCUUUGAGCCAGGUGUGGUGGCUCACACCUGUAAUCCCAGCACUUUGGGAGCCCUAGGCAGGCAGAUCACGUGAGGUCAGGAGCUUGAGACCAGCCUGACUAACAUGGAGAAAGAAACCCUGUCUCCACUAAAAAAAUACAAAAUUAGCCAGGCGUGGUGGUGCAUGCCUAUGAAAACAUAAGCCUUUAAAGUGAUUAAGAGUAUUUAUUUUGAAGGUGAACAUCACAAAUGUAAAGAGGUAUUAGAUCUUACUGUAUGCCUUUUGUACUAGAGGAAAACUCUGAAGCAGUUGCUCACAACUUUCCAAAAUUGAACAAGUAAGAAACAGAAGUCUUGCACCAGGCAAAAAUGUAUAAAAUAGAUGAUGAAACUGAAUUAGUAAUAAAAAACCUACCAACCAUAAAAGCCCUGAAUUAUAUAAAAUCACAGACAAAUGUUACCAAAUAUACAAAGAUGAGUUCCUACUACUACUAAAUGUACUCCAAAUACUCAAUGUGGGAUUACACCUUAACUCAUUUUACACAAUCAAUAUUAUCUUGAUACUAAAAUCUAGGGAAGGCACAACAAAGAAAGGAAACUACAGGCCAAUAUUUUUGGUAAACAUUGAAACAAAAAUUGUCCAUGAAACACUAGCAAGCUGAGUUCAUAAGCAAAUUAAAAGGUUGUUUUGUCACAGUCAUGUGAGCUUUAUUUCACGUAUGCAAAGAUGUUUCAUCAUAUGCAAGUCAAUAACUGCAAUUCACCAUGUAAAGAUAAUUUAAAAAUUAUACAAUUAACAUAAUAGAUGGAGAAAAUGCACUUACGGAAUUCAAUAUUCAUUCACAAUUAUAUUCUCAACAAAGGAAAUAUUGGCAAAAUAUACCUCAAAAUAAUAAGACACAUGAAAAAUCCUCAGCCAACAUUAUACUAAAAAGGCAAUAGUUGCACGUAUUCUUCAUUAUAAUAAAAAUGAGACAAGUAUACGUACCACAGUAACACUCCUAUUCAAUGUAAUUUUUCCUAGCCAGAGAAAUCCAACAAAAUAAAAACAUGUAAAAAAGAAAAUUAAACUUUCUUUACUGAUAAUAUAAUGCUCUACCUAGAAAGCCUUUCAAGAAAAAGGUUUCCAGAGCAUUUUAAUUUU